CCUUCCUUCAUGGUCCUGCGAUUUCGAUCAUAGUCAGACGAAACUACCUCUAUGAAGAUGCAUUUGACAAACUGUCACCAGAAAAUGAGCCGGAACUGCAGCUAGCCAUGAGAGUGCAGCUGGUGAACACCAUGGGGCUGGACGAGGCGGGAGUAGAUGGAGGUGGAGUGUUCAGGGAGUUCCUGUCGGAGCUACUCAAGACCGCCUUCGAUCCCAACCGGGGUUUCUUCCGACUCACCAAGGACAACCUGCUGUAUCCAAACCCUCAUGUACAUCUACUGCACCAGAACUUCCUCAACCAUUACUACUUCAUCGGGCGGAUGCUCGGCAAGGCUCUGUACGAGAACUUGCUGGUGGAGUUACCACUGGCAGAAUUUUUCAUGUCCAAGGUGAUUGGGAGACACUCGGAUGUGGACAUGCACCACCUGGCGUCUCUGAUCCCGUCAUGUAUCGGAACCUGCUGUACCUCAAGAACUACGAGGGAGAUGUCACUGAACUGGGCCUGGAUUUCACUGUUGUCCAUGACGAACUGGGUGAAACUAAGGUGGGUCAACUGGUCACAGGGGAGAUUCCAGAGCAAUGAGCUUUACAGACUACAGGGCCUGCUAGGAGUGCGUAUGAGCUACCUCUUUGCCACUUCUGCAGUGAAAACGGCCCCCCAGACCAAGCUGUGUAGUGAGGGUGAGGAUCGCAGGCCCAACUCAGACACAGGAUCAGGCACUGCCGGCGCAAAGGAAUGUUCACGUAGUUUACAACAAACUCCGGAAACUAUAGAUAUGGAGGUGGCGGAGCUGGAUCCACCCUUCUGCAUUCAACAACGCAGGUGUGGUGGGCUGAUCGCCUACCCUCUGCCUCAACGUGUAUGA